AUGAAAUUCAAACAAAAGAAACCCUCGAAACAUACUUUGUCGGACAAAAUUGCUGACGCUCUUACAGUAAAACCUAGAGCGGAUAUCGAAGAUGAUCAUAUUUUCAAUACAAAACCAAGUACUGUAUCGCGUGCAGAUUAUAGUUCUUCGGAUGAGGAUGAGGCUACGAUUAGUGAUUUUCGAAAGCAAAAUAUAAAUUUACUUAGUGAUAUAAGUAAAAAGUAUGAGGGACAAAUUGUUUCUAAGAAAGACUUGCGUGAGAGUUCUGACGAACAUUCGGAUUCCGGCGAUGAUAGUGUUAUCGACAAUGCCGAUGAAGAAUCAGUGGCUGAGUCAGAUGAAGACGUUGAAAGUGAUGACUAUAGCAUAUCAAAGUUCCAAAAACAACUACAGAGUGAUUCAGAAAACUCUGACAGUGAAAGCGGUUCAGAUGUUGAUGAUGAUCAGGGAGAAGGUUAUGAUAUAAGCCAGCUAGAGGAACCCAUAAAAGAGAACUUUGAACACAUAAAGAAACAAGACAUAUCUGAAGAAGCUAAAAAGGGCAUAUGUGUCAGAAAUCAAUUACUGCUAUGGGAAGGACUGUUGGAGAUGAGAAUACAUUUACAAAGAUGUAUGAAUGGAGCUAAUAUGAUGCCCCUCAAAGAUACAUAUGAAGAUAUGAAAAAAAGUAAUGUUUUUGUUGACGAAAGUACAAAUGCUAUCAGUAAUGUUACAGGCCUUUUGGAUAAGUUUUUAGCCCUUCAAAAUGCACUGCUACAAAACUUCCCAGAAACUAAAUCAUUGUCUUUAAAUGGUAAACAAAGUAUUAGCAAACUUAAUAAAGAAGAGAGUGACGAAGAGAUACCAAGUGAUACAGACAAUGAAGAAAUUCCAUCUGAGACAGAUGGGGAAGAUACGACAAAAGAUAAUAAAAAGCCAGAGACACAAAUACGGAAGUCAAAGAGGAAACGUAAGCUUGAAGAUUACGAAAAUGACAUAGCCACCUGCCAUAAGCAAUUAAAAACAUUUAGAGAUACUACUAUACAGAAAUGGAAUGAAAAGACCCGACUAGCAACAGCUACAAACAUAAGGAACGCUCCAACAAAUACCAUUCUUCAACAGAUUUCAUAUAUACUGUCAGAUAGACAAAAACUAAUAAAGAGAACUCAAUUGAAGCGUUCAGAGUAUGAAAUUAUUGGUUUAAAAAAAGAAGAACCCACAGCGAAUGAUUCAGAAAUAAAUCCUAUCAAGAGUAGGAAAGAUGAUGACGAAUACAUAUCUGAGAUAUUUGAUGAUAGUGAUUUUUAUCAUCAGCUUCUGAGGGAACUUAUUGAAUGUAAAUCAGCUGAUAUCACAGAUCCAGUACAAUUGAGUCGGCAAUGGAUAUCUUUACAGCAAAUGAGGAGUAAAAUGAAACGGAAGGUAGACACUAAAGCAACGAAGGGAAGGAAAAUAAAAUAUGUAGUACAUAAUCAAUUAAUCAGUUAUAUGGCACCGGAGAAAUCAACAAAAUGGAAUGAUGAGAGUACUAACGAGUUGUACAGUUCACUGUUUGGUAAAUUGUUUGAACACAACAAUGUGGGCUUAAAUGUAGAUUUAAAAUAA